CGGGCCUCCCCUCGGACCCCGAUGACCCGUUCGGCACGCUGCUGGACUUCACCGCGGACGACCUGGAGGAGCUCGACUCGCUCGCCUCGCAGGCCCUGAGCCAGGCGCCCGCCGCGCCCCGGGACCCCGGGCCCAUCUCCACAUUAGAUGGAAUGUUAAAAAAUUGUGCAGGGGAACACAGAGAAAGUGUUCAGGUUAAAGAUAAUUUUGAAUUGGAGAUACUUCAAGCACAGUACAAAGAACUUAAAGAAAAGAUGAAGGCAAUGGAAGAAGAAGUCCUCAUUAAAAAUGGAGAAAUUAAAAUUUUGCGGGACUCACUGCAUCAGACAGAAUCUGUCCUGGAGGAGCAAAGGAAAUCACAUUUCCUUCUUGAACAAGAGAAAACCCAAGCACUCGGUGACAAAGAAAAGGAAUUCUCCAAAAAGCUCCAGUCAUUGCAGUCUGAACUCCAAUUUAAAGAUGCAGAGAUGAAUGAAUUGAGGACAAAGCUUCAUAGCUAUGAGCGAGUAAAUAAACUAGCUAUCCCCUCUGUUUCUCAUGUCAGUCCUAGGAAAAGCCCUUCUGUGGUUAUAAAAUCAGAAGCAAGUUCUCCACGGUUUGGAAAACCAUCUUUCCCUACAAAGGAGUCUUUUUCUGCUUAUAUGUCCCUUUUCCGUUCGUCCCAGACAGAGCCUGGAAUUAAGUCUCAGAAAGAGGGUAAGUCAUUUUCACAGAAUAAAUUCCAUAAUUCAGGAAUUAGUCAAGGAAAGCAAGAAGAGUUCCAGAAGAGUCCUGUUGAUAGCUGGAAUCAGAGAUCAAAUACUCAAGGUUCCAUUUUGAUAAACCUUCUCCUGAAGCAACCUUUGGUACCAGGAUCAUCCCUAGGUCUGUGCCACCUCUUAGGUAGUUGUUCUGAAGCUUCUAUUGGCACCCUCUUACAGCCACCAGGGUUUGGCAGUACCUUGACCGGGAUUUCAGGCCUGCGGACUACAAGUUCUCGUGAAGGGUCCUUUUCCCUGCCAGCCCUAAGAGAGGCGCAGAAUCUGGCACUCACUGGACUGAAUCGCAUUGCCAGAAAUGAAGGUUCAUGUGAUGGAAAACCAGCAGAGGAGAGCAAAAGGGCCUUCCCUCUCUGCCAGCUUCCUGGUGCUGUGCAUCUCCUUCCCCUGGUACAGUUCUUUGUUGGCUUACACUGCCAGGCUUUGCAGGAUUCAGCAGCAGCCAAAAGAAGCGGACCACCUGGGGACUCCCCAACACAUUCCUCCCGUGUGAGUUCUGGGGGAGAGGCCAGCCCUGAGGACUCACCUUUCAAUGUGGAAGGCUUCUCUGUGGCGUCACUGAGCAUCCUUCAGCACCUGGUCUGCCACAGUGAAGCAGUCGUCAACCUGUUACUGUCAGGAGCGGGGGUGGAUUCUGCUGCUAGAAAAGGAAGCCAGAACAUGGCCCACAGAUGUGAUCCUGGGGAUCUAACUUCAGCCCCAAGUGGGCUUGCUGAUGACCAAAGCCAACAUCCACUUUUGAGGAUACUUCUUCUCCUAUUGACUUUCUCCUCUGCUGCAACAGGUCACCUUCAAGCCAGUGUCCUCAGCCAGUGCCUUAACGUGUUGAUGAAAUUAGCUGAAAAUGCUUCCUUUGAUUUCUUGCCCAGGUUCCAGUGUCUGUUCCCAGUGCUACCGCAGUGCCUCAGCCCAGAUACGCCCCUGCCCAGUGUGCUGCUGACUGUGAAGCUGAUCUCCCUCCUGGCAGACCACGAGAAGCUCCUGUCUCAACUCUGUUCCCGGUCAGAGGGCUGCCUACUCCUGUUGCUCUACAUGUACAUCACAUCAAGGCCUGACAAAGUGGCCUCAGAGUCGCAGUGGCUUCAACUGGAACAAGAGGCUGUAUGGCUCCUCGCUAAGUUUGGGGUACAGAACUCCUCUCCAGUCACCGGCUCUGAUUGUCAGUGCAGCGUUGAAGUGGUCAGAGCGCUCACGGUAACGCUGCACAGACAGUGGCUGACGGUGCGGUGGGCAGGCCCCCCAAAGACGGAGCAGCAGAAGCGGACAGUGCGGUGCCUGCGGGACAUUGUGCUGCUGCUGCACAGCCUGUCUCAGAAGGACAAGCUCUUCACCGUGCACUGUGUGGAGGUCCUGCACCAGUAUGACCAGGUGAUGCCAGGAGUCAGUAUGCUGAUUAGAGGACUUCCAGAUGUGACAGACUGUGAAGAGGCAGCCCUGGAGGACCUGUGUGCUGCUGAACCUGAUGUGGACGACCAUGAGAUGGACUGUAACUGAGGCCAGUGAACUUUGGACCACACGGUGGCGGUGGCGGCAGCACCAUCGCUUUCUCACCUCGUCAGUUGAUUAAAAGCAGUGCUGCUUGUGUUUCCUGAGUCUGGUCUGUGUCAGCCCAGUGGGAGGGAUGGAGCAAGACAGGACUUGAGAAGGCUGGCGUCCUCCUUCCUGUCCCCAUGGCAACGAGUCAGCCUUCAGACAGAAGCCAUGCCCUGCCUGUGAAUUGUCCUGAGUCAUUGCUUUGGGCCCAGGCCAUAGGAAGAAACCUUGUGUGGCGAGAAAGGAGGCAGCCUGCUCUUCACUGAGGCCUACACUGGAGAGUCCUGGGAACAUGGGGACCAAAUGUGGGUUCUAAAAGACCAUAUUAGG